AUACAUCAUUUCCCAAUCAUCGAGCCAGAAGUAGUACGAGUAGAGCUGGGUGAUCCAUACUCAAGGAAUUGUACGCCACCAGUCAGCAAUCCCAGUGCACGUGUUUAUUGGAUCCUCAAAGGUGACGAAGGUACGGCUGUCACUUUCGAAUCCAUAAAUAGCAGUCAUAUCUCAAGCAAUGAGCAGGCGGGUCAAUUAGGCACGAUUUUCUUUCAUUUUGUGAAAGAAUCUGAUUUAAAGCCCAAUCGAUUCUACACCUGCACUGCUGAAAACACAGAGCUUAAGGAUUACAAGUUUGGUAGUCAGUUCAGCCUUGAGAUUACGACAAACCGGAGGAGGAGCUUGGGAAAUGUUCCACCUAGUGAACAGUACGUCAACCAGAGUUCGCCGAUUGCGCUUCAGGGACAACAACACAAACUGCACUGUUUUUUCUCGGGAUACCCCGCACCGAAACCUACAUGGUACCACAACGGUCGAGAAAUUAGCGAAGAUACUGACGAAGGGUUCCGAUUCGAGUCGUACGGGAAGACGCUGGUAUUCAAUGUAACGCAAGACAAAGCUGGCAAGUAUGACUGCCGUUUUCCCGUGCACAAUGACAUCGAUAGAGCAUUCAACGUUGUUGUGGAAGCCGCUCCCUACUGGCCAGACGGGCCGCCACCAAAUACUAACACAAGCGAAGGUGAAACGGUCACAUUUGACUGCACGACGAGUGGAAAGCCGGUGCCGAAAGUCACCUUUUACAAAAAUGGCGUCGAAAUGAAGAAGCCCAAGGACGGCGAGAAAUGGGUAAUUGAAACUAAUCGACUAACCAUCUACGAUGUGAAGAAAGGUAUUCAUGGCAAGGGUGACAAUGCUGUCUACCAAUGCAAAGCCGAAAACAAGCACGGCUAUGUUUGGACGAAUUUCUACCUUAAUCUCUUGGCAUUCAAACCUCAACUAUUGACGGAUGCUGGAGAAGUGGAAGCUGUCGCCGGUCAGUCAGUAACCCUGGAAUGCAAAUUUUUCGCCAGUCCGAAUGCAGUCAUCACCUGGUCGAGUCCUGUCCUGCAAGGCAUCGUUCACAACGUUAUUCCAGCUAACCCGCACGGUGUUGGAAAGCUUGUCAUUCCCAAUGUUACUCCUGAAGCUGAAGGGGAAUAUGAAUGUACGGGCACGAAUAAGUACGGUCAAUCCAAAGGAGCUGCGAAAUUGCUUGUGCGAAAAGCGACGCGAUUGGAACCUUUCCGGCGAUCCGAAGAAGUCAAAAUAGCCGGCGAAACUAUUCGCCUGCCUUGCGAGGCGACUCCAGACGAACGACUCGAGGUGAAUUACGAAUGGCACGUAAACGGUCAGCCUCUUUCCGAAGUACACUUGCAAUCAGGACAUUAUAAGGUGGAUAGCGAUAAUUCGUUGCUAGUCACCAAUCCAACUCAAUACGAUUCGGCGAAGUACAAGUGUAUUGCAAGCACAAAGCUCGACAAGGUUGAGAAAGAAGUUCAGAUUCAAAUCAAAGAUGUGCCAAUGCCUGUGCACGCCGCCUACGUAAGCAAAUGUGACGCGGACUCACAGUCAGCUGAAAUCAGCUUUGAACAUAUGGAACCAGCGGAUACGGUCUCACCGGUAAAGGAGUUCUGGGUUCAAUAUCAAAUGGACAGUGAGACAGAAGGCACACAGUGGCGAACCCAUCCGGUUCCUGUCCAAGCGCAUCCAAAUGACCGCAUUGAGGGAGAUCAACGAAUGGUCAGCGGAAAAGCCACCGUGGCCCUUCAACCUUUUGGCCAUUACGUGUUUCGAGUGUUAGCGCGAAACGGAGUUGGCGACAGCUCACCGACAAGAGUAAAAGAUGUGUGCAUCACGCCUCCCAAACAACCUGAUAGGAAUCCUUCUGGAGUUUGGGCAAAAGGUGCUAGUCCGGAGAACAUCGUCGUUCACUGGCGUCCAAUGCCUCGUGAGGAGUGGAACGGGAAAAAUUUCCACUACAAGAUAAAGUAUCGUCCAUCCGAAGGAGGAGAAGGUGGAGGGGGCUCGUGGAAGGAAGUCCAAGUGAACGAUCCUUUUGCCGAUCGUUAUACUAUCACCCUCGAGGACGAUAAGGAUGUGAAGCCUUUCCAACCAUAUGAAGUCCAGGUCCAAGCGGUAAAUGAUGAAGGGCAAGCGAAUGUGGUCCCUGAAACUGUGCAGGGCCACACAGGCGAAGGAGUGCCGAGCAGCAUCCCAUCUGGGUUCCGCGUCGUUAGCAAGGAUGGCACGACAGCGACGUUUGCUUGGGAUCCUAUCGAUCCUCGAACGGCUAAUGGAAACUUCACUGGAUAUAAGAUAACAUAUUGGCACGACGAAGUAGACAGUGAAGAGGACAAUGAUGUCGAUACGCGGUUCCGCUUCAAACGAGCAGCUAAAAUUGUGACAAAACGAGACGUUGAAAGCAAGAGGCGUACGAUCGUCUUCGGGCCAAAAGCAACCUCUGGAACUGUGACAGACCUGCAGCCAGACACCGUGAACUAUGCAACGAUUCAGGUGACGAAUGGCGCUCAUGAAGGAGAACCCAGUGAAGUGAUCCAAUUCCGCACCGCAGAGGGAAUGCCAAGUCCUGUACGUGGUCUUCGCGCUCAUCCCAUGAAUCCAAAAAGCGGAGAAGAGAAGGCAGUCGUGCACUUGAUCUGGAGGAAACCGAGACGACCGAACGGAAAACUUCUCAAAUAUGUGGUUGAAUACUGCCGCACUGAAAAUGGCCGAGUAAUUGAAAGGGACUGUCCCAAACAAGAGGUGGCAGCUGAUCGAACGCAGAUACGAUUGUCAGGCUUAGAGUUUGAUAUGCCGUACCGAUUUAUUGUUCGAGCCGAAACCAGCGCUGGCGAAGGGGACCCGAAUAGCAGCGAUUCUACUACCCUUCCUGAAGUGGUGGCUGCCGAGUGUGACCGUCCAAUUUCAUUAUAUUCAGUGGAUCCCAGCACGCCGUCUUUCGUUGAGAAUGAAAUCGGCGACAACUAUUUCAAUGUCACUUUUACUCCGUCAAAGUUUGACGACGAAGAACGACGUCCAGUUGGAAACACAUUCUUCGUAGAGUAUCGAGAAGCUGAUACAGACGAAUGGAAGCAGGUUCCACAGGAAGGAGACGAUUUGACCGUUCAUGUUGGUGAUCUGAGCCCUGGAACAAGGUAUGAGGUUCGUGUUGCCGCUCUUCAGAAAGACCCAAGUGGUGCGGAAAGGGAGACCUACUCUCCUUCGAGUUUCAUAACAACUACGGGACGAUCACCGAGAACGGCUCGUUUAUGGUGGGUGUUAUUGAUCCUGUUGAUUUUGUUGCUCCUACUGUGUAUCCUGUGUAUGAUCUGUGUCGCGCUGCGACAUCGCGGACAGAAUUACCCAGUCUCUCAAAAGGAACGUGAACAAGGCCGCGAACCAAUUCUCGCAAAACAACACUUCGGCGAGUACAAAAAUGAUGAUGAUGAGAAGCGAUCGUUGACCGGUAGUAAGGCGGAGUCUGAGACCGACAGCAUGGCGGAAUACGGGGACACUGAUCCCGGUCGAUUCACAGAAGAUGGCAGCUUUAUAGGUUUGUGA